AAGAACUCAAGCAAACAUGGCAGCAUCUUCACUACCAUCAUUCCCUCCUCUCCUCCUCCUUGUUAUGCUUCUCUUGCCAUCACCUUCCUUCGCCAUCUCCUACUGCAACGGCCCAUGCAGAACCCUCAACGACUGCUAUGGCCAGCUCAUCUGCAUCUCUGGCCUAUGUACUGAUGAUCCCGACGUCGGAACCCACAUCUGCAGCUCUGGUGCUAGUAGCCCCUCCGGCACCUGUAGCCCCUCAGGCACCUUAACAUGUGCAGGGACGUCCUACCCCACGUACACUUGUUCCCCUCCAGUUUCUUCCUCCACUGCCGCUCUCCUUACCCUCAACGACUUCAGCGAAGGUGGGGAUGGCGGCGGCCCUUCGGAGUGCGACGAAUCUUACCAUGCAAACUCCGACAGAGUGGUGGCGCUGUCGACCGGGUGGUACGCCGGAGGCAGCCGGUGCGGGAUGAUGAUUAGCAUCACGGCAAGCAAUGGAAGGAAGACGACGGCGAAGGUGGUGGACGAGUGCGACUCGAGGAACGGGUGCGACGCUGAGCAUGCCGGGCAGCCACCCUGCAGGAACAAUAUUGUUGAUGGGUCCAGUGCUGUGUGGGCGGCCCUCGGCCUCAACCAAGAUAUAGGCGUCGUGCCUGUAACUUGGUCCAUGGCUUAACUUCAAUACAAUCCUACUACUUGCCAAGUUGAAUAAAUGUACCACCUUCUGUCUGAAAAAUAAAUGGCAGCUUGAGAAGGAAAGUUAAAUAAAUGGCUUGGCUUUAAUACAAUUCUACUACUUACAAAGUUGAAUAUUAUUUGAUAUGUACAA